AACACAACAGUUCGAGAUGCCGAGAAGAGUAGUUCCCGUUGGGUGAGAAAUCGGGGAAAGCCCGCCCAGAUUUGGGCCCCCAGCCCUUCACCCCCGGCCCGGGGCGCGGGCGCAGCUGGGCCCCGGCGUGCUCCGAGAGGUUUGGUCGGCCAAGCAGCCAUGCCUACCUAUGGGGCCAGCUGCCCGUCCCCUGACCGCUUUGCGGUGUCAGCCCAAGCCGAGGACAAGGUGCAGGAGCAGCGGACCCGCGUGGAGCGCAUCUUCAGCGUGGGGAUGAGUGUCCUCCCGAAGGAUUGUCCUGAGACCCCUCACAUCUGGCUGCAGCUGGAGGGUCCCAAGGAGAACGCCAGCCGGGCCAAGGAGUACCUGAAGGGUCUCUGCAGCCCGGAGCUACAGCACGAAAUCCAUUAUCCACCCGAACUGCACUGCAUCUUCCUGGGAGCCCGGGGCUUCUUCCUUGAUUGCCUGACCUGGAGUACAACGGCCCAUUUGGUGCCGGGGGCCCCUGGUUCGCUGAUGGUCAGCGGCCUGACUGAGGCCUUCGUCAUGGCUCAGAGCCGAGUGGAGGGGCUGGUGGAGCGGCUGAGCUGGGACUUUUGGCCAGGGCCGACCCCUGGCGCCUCUCAGUGUGCUGGAGUGCUGAGAGACUUCUCGGCCCUGCUGCAGCUCCGGGGCGAUGCCCACAGGGAGGCCUUGCUGCAGUUGCCUCUGGCCAUCCAGGAGGAACUGCUGAGCCUAGUGCAGGAGGCAUCCAAGGGCCAGGGACCCCAAGCAGUUCCCUCCAGGGAGCAGGGGAACCCAGGUCUUCUGGAUCCUCAGCACUGGGGAGUCGGAGCUUCCCUGAGUGAAGGCAGGGAGUCCCUGGACACUGGACCUGCAAGGCAGCGAGAGUCACAAAGAGAAAUACAUAGUGGGGAGAAGGAGGGAGGGAAGCAGGAUGAUCCUUUGAAGUGGAAGGAGCUGUUUGGGAAAGAGACUUGGGAGCAAGAGUUGACCUUUAGGUCACAGCCAGGGGGAGAAGAGGCAGGGCCCCUGAAAGGGAAGACCCUGAGGAAGGAGGGAGUGGUUGAGGAAAAAGGACGGUUGUGUGUCCAGGGUGAGCCUCCUGGUGCCCACAGUCCCUGUCAGAGGGCAUCUCAGCUUCGGGGAGCCUCCCUCCUCCAGCGGCUCCACAAUGGGGAAACCUCACCUCCAAGAGUACCUAGUCCCCCACCUGCUCCUGAACCUCCAUGGCACUGUGGAGACCGGGGAGACAGAGGAGAUAAACAACAACAGGUUGGGGCUCGAGGUCGUGGCUCUCCAUGGAAACCACGAAACACCCGUGGGGGCAACUUGGUGACUGGCACUCAGCGUUUCCAGAAGGCCCUAGAGGACCCUUUCACCCUGUGCCUCGCCAACGUGCCAGGCCAGCCAGACCUCCGCCAUAUUGUCAUUGAUGGCAGCAACGUGGCCAUGGUGCACGGCCUCCAGCACUACUUCUCCAGCCGGGGCAUCGCCAUCGCUGUGCAGUACUUUUGGGACCGGGGCCACCGCGACAUAACUGUUUUUGUGCCUCAGUGGCGUUUUAGUAGUAAGGAUGCCAAGAUCAGAGAGAGUCACUUUCUGCAUAAGCUGUACUCCCUCAGCUUGCUGUCCCUCACUCCCUCCCGAGUCAUGGAUGGCAAGAGGAUCUCCUCCUAUGAUGACAGGUUUAUGGUGAAGCUGGCUGAAGAGACUGAUGGGAUCAUUGUCUCCAACGACCAGUUCCGUGAUCUGGCAGAAGAGUCUGAAAAGUGGAUGGCAAUCAUCAGAGAGCGCCUGCUGCCUUUCACCUUCGCGGGAAACCUCUUCAUGGUCCCCGAUGACCCGUUAGGGCGCAAUGGCCCCACGCUGGAUGAAUUUCUGAAGAAACCAGCCAGGGCACCGGGGCCUUCUAAGGCUCAACCUCCUUCCAUGGGCUUCGCACACCACGGAAAUCAGCAGCAGGGGCAAGAGGCAGUGGAAAAAGACAGUGGCGGCAUUCGGAAGACGCGGGAGACGGAGCGGCUGCGGCGCCAGCUGCUGGAGGUGUUUCGUGGCCAGGACCACAAGGUUGACUUCAUCCUGCAGCGGGAGCCGUACUGUCGGGACAUCAACCAGCUCUCCGAGGCCCUGCUCAGUCUCAAUUUUUGAGCCUCGUGUGCCUGAGCAGCUGCCGUCUGUCAGCUGCCAUCUUGCCCGGCUCAGCGCCUUCUGUGACAGUCCCUGUGUGGCUCAGACCCUGACCCGAACUUACUCUGAGUUGGUGCUGUAGGUCACGGAAGCUCUGCCCUCCCAGUUAACUGCCCUGCCUACUCCUAGGUCUGGGGCAGCCAUCCUGAACUUCCCCAGGCUGGGCAAGAGCACUGGUGUAGGGGGCUGGGGGCACUUUAGGGACAGGCCCAUAAAGGGACCUGAUCUUAUUUUGAAUCAGGACCUCAAGCAGCUCUCAAGAGGCUCUGCUCAGUCUUAACUCUCAUUCUUGCCUAAGCACAGGGUUGCUGGAGGAGCGGGAGCCACUGGAUAGGGUCGGUCCUGGAGAUCGGGACAGCAGCUCCUCCACGCUGAGCUGGGUGGAGGCUAGGGUGGGCAGGGGUGUGAAGAACAGCUGGCAAGGAAGCUAAGCCUUCCCUCUCUUUGCUAGCCAUUCUGGAUGGCCAGAGGGCACGUCCCAGGCUUGGCCAGGCUCCCAAGGAAUGCUAGGGCCUAGAGAAGCUAGUGUUUUGGGGCCUGGGUCACAGUGGGGCAGCAGGGAGCCAGGUGGAGAAGGCUGGGGGAGACUUGGCUUCUGGUUUCGGCUGUGCCUGGCUGUGGCCUUGAUUGAGCUGCUUGGCCUUUCUUUCUGCCUCUAAGUCAGGGGUAGAAAUACCUGUUGGGAUGAGAAAUGAGAACAUAGGGGGAGGCUGCUUGGAGGAAAGGUAAUUGGACCAAGUCGCCGGUGUGUCUGUGGUGCACAGGCUUCUGAACCAAAACCUCACUUUCUGAGCUGAGGGGCCUCUGUCCCAGCGCCCAUACCCUAGAUUUUAACACUGCUUCCUCAGUAUAAUGUGCCCUGUCAUGGCUGCAGCCCUUUCGGGCAACCCCCAGAUCACAUUUUCAAAGUUGUUAAUUAGGGGUGACUGUUUGCAUUACCAAAAUACUCUCAGGGUUCCUACAAAUGGCAGCUCUCCUGUUGAAUUCACAUGUGUUUACAGAUAAACGAAUGUGUCAGAAAGCCCCUGAUUAGUUGCACUUGCUGAAGUGUUGAGCAUUCCCCAAACUGAUGAAGCCAUGUUCUGCAACGAUGAUGUUAGUGUGCUCUGCCCAUAUCAUUUUCUCUACAGAAUCACAUAUGUUGCAUAAAGUGAGGCCCAUUUAUGCUUUGUGUGUGUGUAUGGGGAUGGGAGGGGUUUAUGGAGCUUGUGUCUAGAUGAACCAAUUAUCUGGAAAAUGAAAACCGAAGAAUCAGAGUUGGAAGUUAGGUGAUUGGCCACUAGACCAACUACUGUCACAUCAGGACAUUCUGCCUGGAUUCCUUCGGUCACUCCUGUAUCUGUGCAGUCCUCCUGUGCCAGGGAAGUUAUCUCCAGCAGACAUUUCUCACCCAUGAACAGUAUUAGUCAGUAGUCCCUCCUUUUGUUCAGCUCCCGAAUUUGCUUUUCUAUUAUUUUUCAGGCCAGUCAUUCCCUCAGGCGAGAGCUGUACAGAGGAAGAGUACAGAGCUAGUCAGCUUCCUGAGCAGUUGGAGACCAGUCAGGCGAGACCCUGGGAUGUGCUGUGGGGCUCUGCAGCCAGACCCGGGACCAUCCCUUCUAGCCUCUGACUUCUGUCCUCUGAGCAGCACAGGGAGUUCAAUGCUGCCACUUCAGUUCCUCCCUCCAGCAACUAGCGUAAGUCCAUGGAUGACAAUGGGGCCUGAGUCCCAGAAUGCUCCCCUCUUCCUUGGUGUAUACCACUAGACCAUACUGAUCUGCGGGCAGGUGAUUUGGAGACAGGUUAGUCAGGGAGGUGACAGUGGCCGACAGAUGACCCACAAUCCUCUCAGAAGAAAAAUUGGUUUAAUGUGGCCUGAAUUGGGGGCUAGUGGAACUACUUUUGGCCAAGUUAUGGCAGAUAUCAGGGUGGAUAAACAGGGAGAGGAGGAGGAGUACUUGAGACUUUUCUCGAGUAGGGUUGAGUCUGUAGUUUUUAAUAAGUUCUUUGCUCCUUUUGUUUUUAAGGAUGGUAGGUAUGCAGUAGGCCAGGGCUAUCAUCUGCCCUUUUAUGCUGGGGACCCUGGUUGAUUGAAGUAGGUAGCCCCAAUCAGAUGAGAGCUAAGUGUGUCUCACAGAUGGGGAAGUUGGCUUUGUCCUGCUGCAGCUUCAACUGGGACCAGUGUGUCACUGCUUCAUUAACUCACUGCCAUUCAGUGACAAUCUGAAGGCCUAGACCAGGGUCUCAUCUCUUCCUCUGCUGACAUCCUAAAGGCACUGUGUGAGCAAGUAUGCAGGGUGACCACAGAAUCAUUGGAAAUGGGUCAUUGCUUGUCUUCUGUUGUCUACCACGUGAUAACUCUGCCCCAAAUUUCUUACCAACUCUUGGCAAUGGAGGGACCAAGAAGGGAGGUGUUGCUCAUUGUAACUUCAAUGCCUCCAUAGGGAAAGAGUCAUUGAGUGUGAUUUUCCUUGAAAUAAAUUGUAGGAGGAUCUAGGCCUUAGAGAUGAGCCGAGGCUAGUGAGAUCACUUGUUUUUAUUGGCUAAACAGUAGACGAUUCUCUACACAACAUGAAGAAAAAAAUGAGGCAGGGAAGGGACACACAGGAAACCCAAAUACGGAAAUUUUUUCACAAGGAGUUGAAAUGGUUAAGGUCUUAACUUAAUGAGAUUGUGGACUGAGACAGUGGACAAUCUCAGCUAAAUAAGGUGGACCAAGAGGACAGGGAGAGGAAUCCCAAGAUGCCAGAUGGUUUCAGGACUCAAGUACAGCAGUACCUGAGCCUCUUCACAGUCUAACGAGAAAGCUUCUCCUGAGGACUUGUGCUCUGUCCUGAGCCUUCCCACUUAGGCUACAACUUCCUUCAAGGCAGCCCCUAGUUCUGGGAAGGAAUACUGGUAGCCAGCGGCCAGUGUCCGCCGUGGGAUGACCUUCUGGCCUUCCAGCAGCAUGAUGGCGCGCUCUCUACCAAAAAUAGCUUGCACCACAGUGCUGGGGAGAGGGAUGAAGGCUGGGCGGCCCAGGGCAGUGCCCAAGGCCUGGGCGAACUCAGCAUUUGUAGUGGUGGAGGCUGGAGCCACUCCAUUCAGAACUCCCUGCACAUGGUUUGCUUCAAUGGCGUGGAUCAAGAUUCCUGCUAGGUCCCUGAUGUGAAUCCAGGGGAAGAACUGGCAGCCUGAGCCGAUAGGGCCUCCCAGGCCCAGGCGGAAGGGCAAUAGCAUGUGACCAAUGGCACCGCCCCCACGGCCCAACACAACCCCUAAAAUAGACAAAAGGGAUAACUGAGGGAGGCCCCUCAGCCUCCAGGUAGCCUGGCUGUUCUGUUCCUCCUGUUUCCCCUUCCUCACUCUGCAAGCUGAUUUAUGAUUCAGCCUGCAGCAGAGCGAGGGUGUGGGGCGUUGGGACUUCCAUCCUCCCAUCUGCAGGCUGGCCAGAAAUGGAGGCACUUUACCACUCUGGAAGCUCAGCCCUUCUGACACCCCCACGGCCCCAAGCUGAUUGAAGGAGGUGGAUCCUGUCUGAUACCCAACCCCGGGUUCUCACCAGAGCGCACCACCACCUGGCGUGUAGAGUCUCCAGGAAGCCUGGCUGCAGCUUCCCAUUUGGUUAUGAGGUUGGAGAAAAAGUCAAAAUCCCCUCCAGGGCUGUCCUCAUCAUACUCCGCAGUCAGGCUGGGCUGGUAGUAAGCUGCAGGGGAAUAGCGUCCAUUGCUCUGGCCCUGGAUAGCUUGGUUGUGCCUGACUUUUCUCAGUCACAGGCUCCCUUGGUCUCACCCAUCUUAGCCCUUGGGAUCUCCCCAUGGGAAGACAAGUCAUGAAUAUUUUCUCCUGGAGCCUCCCCAUAAGCUGAUCUCUCCAGUCCUGGAGGAACAACUCUUUGGUGCAGGACUAAGCUGAGCCUCUGUUGCAGAGCAGUGGUUAAGAACAAAGACUUGUUCUUAACCCCUGGCUGCCAGGCUGCCUGAAUUUUAAUCUCAGCUGCAGCACUUAUUUGUGGCAAGUUACAUAACCUCUCUGUGCAGAACUUUUGCAUCUUUAAAAUGCGGAUAAUAAUAGCACCUACCUCAGAGAGUGUUUGUGAGGAUUAAAGCCGAAAUAGGUGCAAGGCACUUAGAAUAGGGAUAGGUAUACAUGCUGUAAUUGAAAUUAUUUGAUCCCCGAGGUGAAAUACAGAACCAGGAAUUCUAUUCCUAGAGAACUGUGCUGUGAAAAGCAAGGAGUUUGGGAGUAGGUGGAAUUUUUCCUGGCACUGGGAGCAGUGUUACCCUCUCCCCCUUUUCUCCAAGGAUCCCCAUUGAUCAUGAAAGUACUUGGACUCAGGGGCUAGAAGGUUCCUGUGUCUGGUAAAGCCCCACACUCUUGGGCACCUACAGCUAGAAGAGCCUCCCCUCUGCUCCCCCUUCCCCUGACUAAAUUUAGGAGCUUAUGACUGCCGCAUACCUACACCUGUGACUAAGACCCAGGCCUGGGGAGGUCGUGGGGCUUCCGAGAUGGCUCUUGCCAGCAUUUGGGUGGUCUCCAGGCGGCUGCUAAGAACCUCUUUCUGGAAGUUUUCAUUCCACCUGCAGGAAAAACGGGAAAUGAAAUGAAAAGCUACUAAAUACAUGCAAAUGUCACACCCUCUCUUUCCCUGGUCCAGUGAAACCCUGCCUUGUGGCUUAGAGAAAUGGUUUAUCCCUCCCGGCAAGGGAUAAGGCAUGUCUUCUGUGGGGCAUCCAGAGUUACAACUGAGGACAAAGCCAAGCGGUUGCGGGGUUCAGGGCAGGUGGGUGUGAGGCGAGGCGCAGGGUGAGUGGCCCGGGACAUGGGUUUGGUUUUCUAUCCGGCAGUCCUGUCUCCACAGGUCAGGGGUCUCAUCAGAGUGGUUCCUGUCCUCCCUCUGCUCUGAUGACUGUGAGCUUGAGC